UGAAACGUUAAAACCAGGGCAAAAGACACACUACGUAUUUAGUCCAAACACGGAAAGAGGAACGUGGGAGUUUUAAUGCUGUAAAAUCAGCCCUAAACACCGAGACAGAGACGGUCAACGGUGGAAUAAAGAAGGGAAAAGAAGGAGAGAGUUAAACCGACAGCAUGUCCCGACGAAGAGUCGCUGUACACGGUGUGGAUCCCAUGCCAAGGAUCAGAGACAGCUCCAGACUUAUGCGCACACACGAAACUAUGGUAGAUUUCAUAAAUGGACGUCAUGCUCGAAACCCCAUCCUAGAUGUCUUUUCUCAAGGCUUUUUCGGUUUAGACUUUUUAAGGAACUUUGACGGAGACCUCGAAGACGACUUCGUAUAUUCAGAUGAAGACGAUGACGACAGUUUCAACAAUGAGUUCGCUCCCCAUAGACCUUUAGAGCCACAUCCCAGAAUAAGACAACUCACUGAGGAGGAGGCUGAUAAACAUGGAAAAGAAUUGAUAGCAGAGGAGGAGCGGCGUAAGGAUAGGACGGAGAGAAACAAGCGGAAGAAAUUGCGGAAGAAAAAAAAGAAGCGACUGGAGAAGGAGAAUGCAGCUAAAAGCGUUAUACCUGAGGAAGAGCAAAACAAAUCAGACUCCUCAGAAAAUCCGGAAGAAGACCCUCCAAUAAAAAAUAAAGAAGUAAACAAUGAUUCUCCUGAACCCGUCCGAACUCAAGAUGAACCGGAGGCAGCGAGAUGUGAGGAGAGCGCGGCGGAUAAUAAAGAAGAAAGUCUUUUGAAAAUUGAUGAGAAAGAGGAAGUGAGACAAAAGGAUUUGGAUUUAAACAAUUCAGAAGCUCGUACGGACAAACCAGCGCCCGUUGAGAAAUCUAAACAGAAGCCUGCAAAAGAACAAAAGAAAGAAAAGGAUAAAUUGCCAGAAGUUCAGGAAUCCAAAGAAGAGACACCGAACGUUGUGGAGAAACCUGAGGUUCAGAAGAAAAUUGAGGAGAAACUCGAGCCCGUCAAAGAAAACCAACAAACAAUUGAUCCUGCUGCUGAAGAGUUUGCAAGAAUAAGCAGAGAGUAUGCCGGUAACGGGAAUCGCUUUGCUGCCGCCGGACAGUACGACAUGGCGGUGAAAUACUUCACUGACGCCAUUAAAUACAACCCAAAGGAAUUUAAAUUAUUUGGAAAUCGGUCGCUCUGUUACGAGAGAUUGCAGCAGUAUGAAAACGCUCUCAUGGACGCUGACAUAGCGCUCUGCAUGGAGCCAAACUGGAUUAAAGGUUUAUUUAGAAAAGGGAAAGCUCUCUGUGGACUCAAGAGAUACUACGAGGCCUCGCUGAUCUAUAAAAAAGUCCUGAUGCUGGAACGGUCGAGCCUUGAAGCCAUGCAGGAGCUGAAACGAGCACAGACAUUGCACCUUAUGGAAAUGGGAUUCACUUGGGCGCAGAGCUCCGAGGCCCUGAAAGCACACGCCACCUUAGAGGAAGCUGUUGAAGCUCUGUUCGGUGGAAACAGUAACCCGAGUGCUGCUGGAGGAGACGCUACUGCUCACAGGGAAAUUCCAAAACAACCGUUGCUGCAGGAGGAAGAAGAAGAGGAGGGCGAGUGGAUUGUCCAACAAACAAGCCGUCCCAGAAUGCCGCAGUUCAAAGAGUUCGAGGCUUUGGAUCAAGCUAGAUCAAACUCUCAAUCACCAACACCUAAAUCGAGGAGUCCUGUGAAACCGGCUCUGUACUCCGUCUGGGUUGGAUCCAUGGCUCCUGCUGUCACCUACGCGACCCUCCAUGAGGUCUUCAGCAGAGCGGGGACGGUGUACAGCAUCAAGAUGCUGCUGGAGCAACAGUGUGCCUUCAUCAACUACACCAAAAAGGAGGACUGUGACAGAGCAGUGCAGUGCAUCAACGGUAUGGUCGUAGAGGGAGCUCCGCUGUCGGUGCGACAUCCUGGUAAAUUCAACAACGGGCUCGGCAGCUCAUACAAGAAGGAGUGCUUCUUCUGGAGGACUUCCGGCUGCACGAGGCAGGACUGCACCUUCAGACACGUCCCGGAAAGCAGGGGCAUCGACAAAGAGAGAUUCACCAGCAGGCUGGGAAAUUUUCAAAUCUAAGACCCCUUAAAAAAAUGAGCAUGUAGACUUUUCCUCCUAACGUUGCCGCUGUGUACGAGCUGAACUACGCUGCUUUAACGUCUCAGUCUUAUUGGAGCUUUUAAAGUUUGUCUGCAGGAAAAAAAAAAGAGACAGAACCUUCAUGUUUGGAUUUAUCUGAUGCAGCUGCAUGUUUGGUUUUAGUAUUUGCACUCAGGUGGACAUAUCAAACUAUAUCAAAGUGCUGUAUUACAGUUAUAAUGACUAAGCAUCACGUUUUGGCAUUCCUUAUAAUCUGACUAUCUCUGAUCUGUUCAAAGAUUGUGUUAAACACUUAAUGUUCCUGUGUUUUUAGCCGCCACUAGGUGGCAGUGUUGCCUUUUAUCCCUCAUCUUUGGGGCUCCAAUCUGUUCUCCUUUAAUUUUUAAAGGCUUUAAUUAAUGAGUAGUUGUGUGAGCGAUGCUUUUAAUGUGCUAUGUUUCAUUUGGAACCUGUUCUGUGUGGCCUGCUGGGGAGUUAGAUAGAUUCAGUGGCUGUGAGCGUCUCGUCGAGGCUUCUCUCAGAGUUGUUGUGACACAUUGUCCUUAAAGAAGCGUCCUGUUGUUGCUCUGUGGCUUCAGUUUGCUGCAGGUAUGUUCGGAGGGAAUUUAAAGCCUUAAUCAUUUGAGUCAAUGUCGUGCCAUAAACAUGAAUACAUAAAGAACCAAAGACAUUAAACAGCUGAGACACCCGGCUGUGACAGUUUUUCAUUAAUAUCCUCUCUUUGCAAUAUUUUCUCUGUUAAGAACCUCCUGAUCGAUGCAAAAGAUGUUCUAAAUAAAGUAUCCUGGUGUGUUAACAGCCUCUGAAUCACCAAACAAGAACCUGUGAGUGUAAAACACCUGAUGAGGUGCAGUCAUUCAACUGCAUACUUCUCACCCUGACAAGAGCAAUAAAAGAAAUAAAACUCCUCCUGAUACUGAA